AUGAGGUUACCGGUACCUAUAAUCGCCAAGCUGAAGCGUGCACAUCCACUCGACGAGGGACUCGCCUCUGGGCUCUACGAUGAGACGGAUCUUAUUUUUAUGCAAAGCAAGAAAAUGCUGACAGCUGCAGCACUAGGUGCCAGCUCAUCCGGCGCAUCCGCAGGAGCCACAAGCCCGGCGACGACACCGGUAUCCCUCCUCCAGCAAAAUCUACUCCCCUACUCCUCAGCCGCACAACUGGCAGCGAUGCAGCCGAUUUAUCAACAGAUGGCCCUCCAGCAACAACUCCAGGCACAACUACCAGGUGCUGGUGCUGCACAACCCGGCGGUUAUGAGGGAAUUCCGAUCUUCAUCGUCAACCAACAGGCCGGCACAAAUUCGGUGUCAAUGGCUGCGCUACAGAAAGCUGCUGAAAUUCAAGCCACGAUUCUUGCUAAUGCUGCUCAAGAACCUAAAGUGGACACAAGCAAGCAUCACCAUGUCUUCGUUGGCGAUCUAUCCCCUGAAGUCACCAAUAAUAUGCUAAAAGACGCCUUUGCCGGUUAUGGUGAAAUUUCUGAAGCAAAAGUCAUCCGCGAUUCACAAACCCAAAAAUCCAAAGGAUAUGGUUUCGUCUCCUUCCCUAUCAAAGAGCAUGCUGAGAAGGCGAUGACAGCGAUGAAUGGACAGUGGAUAGGGAAGAGGGCUGUAAGGACGAAUUGGGCCGCCAGAAAGCCACAAGAUGAGAAUCGAAAUACAUUGACAUUCGAACAGGUCUUCAACUCAACAAAAGCUGAUAACACCUCAGUGUAUGUUGGAAAUAUCAGCCAAGCUACCACGGAAGAAUCGUUGCGGGAGCCGUUUUCCGCAUAUGGGGAAAUUAGCGAAAUUAGGAUGUUUAAGGCACAGGGUUAUGCUUUUGUGAGGUAUGAUCGGAAGGAAGACGCAACAAAGGCAAUUAUGGAAAUGAAUGGGAAAGAGGUGGCUGGGCAGUUGGUACGCUGCAGCUGGGGUCGCACACAGCAGGCUCAAGUGCAAACCCAAGCCACGCCACUCCUGUCGGACCUUGGAAGCUCCCUCCUCACCUCUCCACUCCUCCAACCACAACUCGGGCUACAACAACUCACUUCAGCAGCAGCUGCCUCUCAAUAUCUACCAUUCUACCCCCAAUAUUACGGUGGAGCCGGCCUUCUACCCCAAUGGCCCCAAGUC